AUGGCUGGAUCAUGGUAUGGAUUCUUUGUUUUUUUCGCUGCCCUUGUCGCAGUUGCCAGAGCCGGAGUCAUUGGUGCCCCAGCUGUUGUAGCACCAGGAGCUCCAUUGCUUCACAAAAGUUUGGCAUACGGUGCUCCAGUUGCUACCGUAGCUCACGGUCCAGUAGCCUAUGCUGCUCCAGCCGUUCACGCAGCUCCUUUGGCUUAUGCUGCCAAAGCUGUCGUACCAGCUGCUGUUGAUACCGACUACGAUCCAAACCCGAGUUACAGCUAUGCCUACGACGUUCAAGACCACCUCACCGGUGACAGCAAAUUCCAAGAAGAAUCUAGACAAGGUGACGUCGUUCAAGGAUCGUACUCAUUGACCGAACCAGACGGUUCCAGAAGAACUGUUCACUACACUGCUGAUCCAGUCAACGGAUUCAACGCUGUCGUCGAUCGUCAAGCUCCAGUUGUACAAAAGGCUGUUGUUGCUGCUGCUCCAGUUGUUCAAAAGACUGUAGUCGCUGCUCCAGUUGCUUAUGCCGCUCCAGUUGCCAAAUAUGCUUAUGCUCCUGCUCCAAUUGCCAAAGUUGCUGCUGUUCCAUAUGCCUAUCAUGGUUAA